AUGGUGGAAACUUCGUCAUACGUCUACGGUGAACGUUCUAUGAAUAUGGAAAACGAAUUGGAGGAAGAACUGAAUAGAAGGAUGAGAGCAGUGCUGAUAGCCUUCACACCAGUCAGAGAAGCUACCGACCAACCGACCAAGAUCUCCGUGAUCUGUUCCACUCCACAGUUCUUCCAGCGCUCUGUUACACAGCUAGGACGUGGACAGACACCACUGCCACGUCUGGGAAGCUACUCACUACCCACAGAACCCUUGAGAGAUGUCUUCUGA